AUGUCAUUUGCUGAAGUGAAGGUCAAGAAACUAUCAUACGAAUUAGAAUCUCAACUGAUCAACCAUCACCAGUCAUCAGAUAUCGAUAUCAACCAAAAUACUCACAUUCAACAACUCACUCUCAACACUUUCUCAACAAUCAUACAUACUCUUGUUCAUCAAAGCUUCAGUCUAUCAGAACAUAUCGAAUAUUGGUCAUCAGUCGAGCAAGAUCCUCAUCAAGCGACUUAUUACUUCUUGCAAACCUUACCGAAUCGAAUUUAUGAUCUAUCUCGUCAAAUCUUUAUCACGUCAACAAGGGCAACAGGAGAAACAAGACCGACCUUUCUGAAUGGAUUAUCACAAGUAGUAUCAAGACCUCAUGUCUUCCUAUCGAACUUAUUUCCUCAACUCCAUUCAACUAACUCUAGCGAACGGCCUGACUUUCUCUCGAAGCUUUCUCCAAUCUUUCUGAUCAAGCAUGAAUCGAAAAAGAAAAGGAAGCAACUUGAAUCUAUUCGAACCGAGCUGGCUGAACGAAUUGGAUACCUCCUUUCAUCGUUUGAUAAGCUUGAACGUCAAUUAGAAGUAGGCCCUCUCGAUGCCCAAGAAGCAGACAUCAACACUCACUUCAACAUCUUAGUUGAAGAUAUGAAAUGUACUCUGAUCCCUCUUGAUCUGCAACCAGACUCAUCUGAUGAGGAACAAAUCGACGAAUCACUGAGCCAGCUUUUGACGAAAACUUUACCUUUGCAACAAGCGCGUCUACAAGAUCGGAUCAUUGACAUAUUGCCACCCAAUUUCAUAACCCGGAACUGGCCCAUCUUGAUCAGUAUACCGAUUGCAUCGUACACGCUCACCAAAUUAGCUUACUCAUAUCGUCAAAAGAUUUAUGAUAGUCUGAUUAAUGCUCGAGAAACAUUCUAUGGUUUCAUUACAGGCUGGGUAUUGAGACCGAUCGAGGACAUACUCCAGACCUUGAAAGCCGGUGAUCGAGGCACUUUAGCCAUCAUCAGUGAUGAUAGCCUUCAAUCUGAAUUUGCUUCGUUAGAAAGGAUGACCUCGGACUUUGGUCGGGAGAAGUUUGGCUGGGAUGAUCAACAGGUCCAAGAAAUGACUCAACAUGUGAGGGAAGGUAACUUGACGGAGGUCUUGAAAGUUUGGGAACAUGAGAUCAAGCUACUUUCCUUUGUUCCCAGCUACUCAAUGAUAUCCUCUCGGGUGUGGCUUUCAAAGACUCCCAUCCGAUCAGCUGUAGCCGGAUCAUUGAUCCGGGUACUUCUUAUUCAAAUUCAAAAAGUCAAGGUCGAUCUUGCUAUAGCAAUGGAAGGCAUUCAGUCGAUUCUUCGGUCCCAAUCUCUUACAUUUGGUGCUAUUGGUGUUGCACCAUCAAUGCUAAUCUGCUUCAUGAUCACUAAAUUUCUUUCUUCAAUCAUUCAAAAACGAACUGGAGUGGUUGGGAAAAGUACAAAAGCAGUACGGAGAGACGUUCGGUUGGCAAUGAGGUCAAAGAUCAGUUUUUUACCUGUCUCUAGAUGUAGUAUACUUAUAUCAUUUGAUAUCGAUACAGACGAAUCGAGAGAUACCUCACAUUACUCACCACCGAAUCCGAUCAUCCAGCAGUCAAGAGCUCUCAUACGAACCCAAAUCUAACCAUUGGUAUCAUCUUUCUUGAUCUACAUAUCCUUAGAAGUUUUGCAUCUACCAAUCAACAUUUUCCUAAUAGAAGUUCAUCAAUGAGAAUAGAGUAUUUGAAUGAGCUUGAAGAUCUUGAAGACUUUAAGAUAUCUUGGACCGUUAAAAGAAAAUUGAUCAAGCGGUUUGUUGUUAGGUGGGGAUCUUUGGUU